CUCUUCCAACACUUACCAGGAAGAGACUGACUUAUUAUUUCUCUUUUCUGUCAUACUGACUCUCUUCUCUCUUGACAAAAGCAAUAAAGAAUCAGCGAUCAGUGGAGAAUGAAGAGAAACACUUUCAAGAAGGAUUUUUGAGACAUUUGUUUCUGAACAGACAGCAGAUCGUUGUGAUUCUCAAGGUGAUUCAUUUUUAAAACCGUCGUUCAGAAAGUGAAAGUAAAGUUUAUGUUGCUGGAGCUCAAACAGUGAAAAUGGCUUCACUAAAUGUUUCUGCUGAAGAGCUUUCUUGUCCCGUGUGCUGUGAAAUCUUCAAGACUCCUGUUAUUUUAUCAUGUAGUCACAGUGUCUGUAAAGAGUGUCUUCAACAGUUCUGGAGAACCAAGAAAACUCAGGAGUGUCCUGUCUGCAGGAGAAGAUCCUCAAAAGAUAAUCCUCCAAUUAAUCUUGUGUUAAAAAACUUGUGUGAGUUGGUCCUGACAGAGAGAAGGUCUGAGGAGAUCUGCAGUUUACACAGUGAGAAACUCAAACUCUUCUGUCUGGAGGACAAACAGCCUGUGUGUUUAGUGUGUAUUAAUUCACAAAAACAUGACAAUCAUAAAUUCAGACCCAUCAAUGAAGUGGUUUCAUCAUAUAAGGAGGAGCUCAAUACAGCACUGAAGUCCUUACAAGAGAAACUUCAACACAAUGAAGAAAUGAAAGGAGAGUUUGAGAAAACAGUUCAACACAUCGAGUCUCAAGCUGAGCACACAGAGCGUCAGAUUAAACAGCAGUUUGAGAAGCUUCAUCAGUUUCUCAGAGAUGAAGAAGAAGCUACAAUCACUGCACUGAGGGAGGAAGAGGAGCAGAAGAAGCAGAUGAUGAAGGAGAAGCUGGAGGAGAUGAACAGACACAUCUCAGCUCUUUCACACACAAUCAAAGACAUGGAGGAGAUGAUGAAAGCCAAUGACGUCUGCUUUCUGAAGGAGUUUCCCGUCUCAAAGGAAAGAGUCCAGAGCUCACAGCCGGAUCCACAGAUGGCUUCUGGAGCUUUGAUUCAUGUGCCGCGUUACUUGGGCAACCUGCCGUUCAGAGUCUGGAAGAAGAUGCAGGACAUCGUCCAAAACACUCCUGUGAUUCUGGAUCCAAACACUGCGAAUCCACGUCUCGUCCUGUCUGAUGAUCUGACCAGUGUGAGAGACAGCUGGAACAAUCAACCUCUUCCUGAUAAUCCAGAGAGAUUUGACCGGUAUCUCUGUGUUCUGGGUUCAGAGGGGUUUAACUCAGGAACACACUGCUGGGAUGUGGAGGUUAAAGAGAGUCAAUACUGGAUUCUUGGAGUAACUACAGCAUCAAACCAGAGGAAGGGAUUGGGUUUCUUCAACACUGAUGUCUGGUGUGUGUCGAACGGAUGGACUCCAGGUUUUUGUGUCAAUCAGGAUCUUGAUCGUGUGAGAGUGAAUCUGGACUAUGACAGAGGAAGGGUGUCAUUCUCUGAUCCUGUAACUAACACACAUCUACACACAUUCACAACCACCUUCACUCACACACUCUUUCCAUUCUUCAGGUGUUUUGACUCUCUGAUGAUCUUAGCGGUCAAUAGUCAGUAAUCGUUACUCCUGUAGGUCUGGAUCUUCCUGCUUUCAUCAUGUUUCCAAUAUUUAAUCCAGAUCACAUGAGUAAGAGUGCUGUUGAUCUGAAUAUCAGUACGGUGGCUGUGAUUGGACUGUGAUGAUCACAUGACUGAUAUCAGCACUACAGCAACACUCACACUCUCAUAUUUCAUAUCAACAGAUCAAUAAACAACGUAACAACGCAAUGAUAUUACGCAGCGUCUCUCACAAAUGUCUCCAUGGUUGCAAGGCACGCUCCCUGUGCAAGCAGGGGGUCACAGACGCUGCCUAAUAUCAUUGCACCUGCUGCACCCAUCGGCAGCAAAGUUCCUUGAUUAUUACGCCGGAAUGAGAGUAUAGUUCCUAGUCAUAUCGCCCUAGAAAAUCGCAACUUUUCAUUCUUAGUACACGAUGUAACUACAGAGAGUCAAGUUUUAAAUAGGAAAAAUAUUGAAACUCUUUGGUCAUUUUUGAGCGAGAUGCUAACGGUCUAAUCAGAUUCAAUGAACUAUGCUAAGCUAUGCUAAAAGUGGUACCGCCAGACCCGAAGAUCGGCUGAAUGGAUUCGAAAACGGUAAAACUCAACUGUUUAACUCUAGGGGAGCUGGAAAAUGAGCCUAUUUUCAAAAAAAGUGGAGUGUUCCUUUAACUACUCCAUAGUGUAUGAUUGAAGAAAAAUAUAUAUGUUUGUAUUAAACACUGAUGGAGCAACAGAUUUUGAGUGAAAAUAAAUCAUUAAAGUGGUUUAUUUUGUUUAAAAUCUUCUAAAUGUAUGAGGUGGAGAGGGGGUCUUUUACCCCACAGACACAAAACCAGCAUGAGGAAAAACACACAAACACUUACACAAAAACUUUAGCUAAAAUAAUGUUUUUAAUAAUGUCUAAGUUAAUACUUGUUCAAAACAAUCACUUUAGCAAAGUUUGUACAAUUUUCUGUUUAUUUUCAUAAAGUGUUUUCAUAAAAAGUGUUUAUUUUUGUUUAAUAAAUUCAUUUUAAAAACACAGAAACAAAAUUAUUUUAAAAAGUAAAGAUCCUGAAAGCAUUGAAGGAGAUCCCAUAAUAAUCUAAUGAAGCUUUACAGUAGUAACAAAUAAAUAUAUUUUAUUAUUUGUUCAGUUAUGUUCAGUUUGUUUUCAUUAGUCACAUGUCUUCUUUUGUUCAGUUUUCCCGCCACCUUUUAGUUGUCAUGGUAAUUCAUUUGAUCAUCACAGGUGUUCAUUAUUAUUUCCCUCUUCUCAGUGUUCAUUUGUCUGUUCUCAUUAAUGCUCAUGUGUGUGGAUACUCCAGCCUGUCUGAAUUUCUACCUGUUUAGAUUAUAUUUAGUGAACUUUGUUUUGGACCUUUA